AUGGAGGACAAUAACGUUUGCAGCAGUGGCCGUGAGCCCUUAGGGCUUCGUUUCACUAUAGAUUACCUGUUAUACAACAAAGGAGGCAAGAGUGAGAAACACGACUCCAAAGAGAGUGCUGCUCCCUUACCUGAGGAGGUCCCUGAGACCUCGGCGGAGGAGCAGAGCGAAGAAACGACUCCGGAGGAGAGGAGAGAACAGGAGGCUCAGGUAAAUGACGAAGAAGAAAAGGAGGAAGAGGGGGAAGGGGCAAAAAGUGAACAGACACAAGGCACAGGUGACUCAGAAAGCCAACAGGAAAAACCCAACCAAUCAUACAUUGCUCUCAUCUCCAUGGCGAUUCUAGCCUCGGAGGAGAAGAAACUGCUUCUGUGUGACAUCUACCAGUGGAUUAUGGAUCACUACCCUUACUUCAAAAGCAAGGAUAAAAACUGGAGGAACAGCGUGAGACACAACCUCUCUCUGAACGAGUGUUUCAUCAAGGCUGGGAGGAGCGAGAACGGAAAGGGACACUUUUGGGCCAUCCAUCCAGCCAAUCUCCAGGAUUUUUCCAACGGGGAUUACCACCGGCGCGGGGCCCGACGAAGAAUCCGCAGAGCGGCCAGACACCUCCCUUACGCCCUACCCGUCUCCUACCAUCCCCUCGCCCACCCGAAACGGGUCCCCUGCUGGUGCUGUCCGCCGGCCCAGCAUCUCCACUGCCUCCCCACCAGGAUAUACUGGAGCUGGACUGGGACGCCCCCUCGUCGCACGCCCUCUCUCCAAACUCUGCUCUGA